AUGGCGAUAAUCACUGACGAUGCCGACUACGAUGCCGGCGAAACGUUUGGGAAAACGGAUGUCAUAGUGCCCGAACAAUCAGAUCAUGACUUAUUGAGAGCGAAUAUUGCCUGCGAUGAUUCUAUAACUCCAGCCUGGGCCUCAAUGACCCAUAUCUAUCAGUCUACACAGACUUCAGACGCUGUCUCGUUUGACACUAUGCCACUUCUAUAUUCAGGUCAAGAUAUCGAAGGGGGUCAGCAACAGGCGGGUUCCUCGGUCAGGAUAGAAACCGCAAACACUGCUGAUGAACAAGUGGAGAUAAUUGAUGUAGGCAUGGACCAAGAUUGCCAUGCCGAAGAAGGACACCGGUUUGUCCUGAAUGGAAUUAAUUCGAGCAUGGAAGAGCUGCUUAGAUGUGACCAGCAUAAUUCUGAUAUCAUUGUGACAGCUGCGGAAACUCGCCUGUUCUUAACCGAAAGUCUGUGUACAUUCGUCGUUAUUAUCAGUUAUAUUGGCGAAUUGAAGGAAUUCGUAAGCUUGCCUGACUCGAAGCUGUUGGGGGAUUGCCUAGAAGCUGUGACUAGAUUUGCGCGAAUAGGUUCUCGGCGCAUUGCCCUGCGACUCCGGUAA